AAGAAGACGUGAUAACCUACAAGCGAUUUAAAGCGGAACAGGUUAAAAGAAGAAGAAGAAGAAGAGCUGUUAUCUUGGAGGAGGAGGAGGAGGGCUGGAGUCGAGUGCCGAGGGGGAAGCUGCGCCUGCUGCUCACAUAAUAUCCUAAGUGUUCUUCCCAUGUGGUGACAGUGAGGCAGCAAGGAUGGUUGACUGGUUCCUGGUGGCCUGUGUGCUGGGUGGGGCCAUGACUCUGGCAGGCUGUGUUACCCUGGGUGUGUGUGUGUGUAUACUUCUCUUCCUGGCAUUCAUAAGGUUUGCCAUUGUGCCCUUGGACUGUGAUGCUGUGCUCAAGUUCCAUGAGGUGUUUGGCAAGCAGCCGGAGAGCCUGAAAGGGAAGGUGGUGUGGAUCACUGGGGCAUCGAGUGGCAUUGGUGCCGCCCUGGCAGUGAGGCUGGCAAGGGCCGGUGCCAGGUUGGCUCUCUCAGCACGAUCUGUGGAGAAACUCAACAGUGUGAGGCAGCAGUGUCUUGGGACGGGUGGUGUGACCGAGGAGCAGGUGGUGGUGGUGCCCCUGGACUUGGUACAGUACGACCAGCACCAGGCCGCCUUCAACACUGUGCUGCACCACUUUGGUGAGCUGGACGUACUGGUAAAUAAUGCGGGAAGGUCACAGCGUGGCCGCUGGGAGGAGAUCCACCUGGAUGUAGACAAGGAACUCUUUGAAGUGGAUGUCUUCUCUACCAUUGCUCUGAGUCGCCUGGUGUGCAGGUACUUCCUGGAGCAGGGCCGGUGCGGCCACUUUGCCAUCACCUCCAGCGUUGCCGGCAAGUUUGGUGUGCCAAUGUCUGGCUCCUACACUGCCGCCAAGCACGCCCUGCAUGGCUACUUUGAGUGUCUACGCACUGAGAAGAUAGGACGUGGGCUGGCCAUCAGCAUGGUGUGCCCGGGGCCUGUGGUAUCUGGUUUGGACGAGGCUUGUUUCACUGACCAACUAGAAAAGAAACUGAGUGAGAAACGCACAGGAAAGAUGAUGUCGGCGGAGCGUUGUGCUGAGCUGUUUGCUGUGGCAUUAGCCAAUCACCUGCCAGAGACGUGGAUAGCAGUACAGCCGGUGCUCAUCAUCAUGUAUUGCUCCCAGUACAUGCCAGGCUUGACCAAGAGUGUGAUGCAACUCUUGCCUCUCAGCUUUAUCCUGAAGCUCCGAGAUGGCCGAGCAGAUUUAAACCAGCCUGCCAAGUAAUGGGAAGCAGCAGGCCACCCAGCCCCUCCCAGCUGCAUCAUACAAGGAGCAGCAUCUGGAGGGACAGUUUUGUGGGAGUGGCUGAUACAAGACUCUGCCUUUGAACUGUGUCACUGGUGGAGUUUGCAUCUCCUGGUGUAGUCGUAGCUCCAUGCAUAUUCAGAAACACUUUGCUUUCUCACCACGACUAUUGCCAAAGGUCACAUAGAUAUUAUGUCUGGUUGUUAAGAGUGUUUCUCUUAUUAAUAGUAUAGAAAUCUUGUUCAUCUAUCAUAUAACCAUAAAAAAAGCUCUUGAUAACCUGUAUAACUUUAUCCAAUGUCUUUUGAAUGUUGUGGAAGUAGUUAUUACAGUGCAGAAGUUGAGAAGGUCAGUGCAUUCACUUAUACUGUGUUUAGAACUUUAGUGUUGUUCGUCAGUCUGAAGUCCUCCGGUGCGGCAGUUGUCUCCUGAAAGAUGACAUGAUUGCUAGCUGUUCAGUGGAAUGCUUGUGAUGGAGGGAGGACAC